UUAAAAAGUUUUGGUGAAACUGACACGACAGAAACAUGGGUGUCAAACACAGUUUCCCUCACGCUGACAGCUUGGUUGAGGAAGUAAUAGUUUUAUAUCAAAUGAUUGAUAUGCACGAGCCAGGGCUGGGUUCGCUAAUGGACUCGACGCUCACUCAGCGCUACACAUCUGAGCUGCACGUCUGAACACAGACUAAACUGGGACACUUGUCCCUGUCCCCUGUCUCUGUAUCAUCGGAGGUGUCCGGUAUUUCCAUGUCGUCCACCUCAUCACGACUGAAGUAUGUUUCUCUGGGAGUACUGGUGCUGCAGACCACCUCCUUGGUGCUGACAAUGCGUUACUCGCGUACGCUGCAGUCCGACGGGCCGCGCUACCUGGCGUCGUCUGCCGUAGUGUGCUCUGAAGUCCUGAAGAUUGCUGCAUGCACGCUGCUUGUCUUCAGAGAACACAGUUUCAGUGUUCGUGCACUGAAUCGGGUGUUGAAGGAGGAAAUAAUCAGCAAGCCUCUGCUGACGCUGAAGUUGGCCAUUCCCUCAGGUAUCUACACCCUGCAGAACAACCUGCUCUAUGUGGCUCUGUCAAAUCUAGAUGCAGCUACCUACCAGGUUACGUAUCAGCUGAAAAUCCUCACUACAGCCCUGUUCUCCGUGUCCAUGUUGGGCAAAAGACUGGGCAUUUACCAGUGGCUCUCACUAGUCGUUCUGAUGACUGGAAUUGCACUUGUCCAGUGGCCAACUGAAGUUACCUCAAGCACCAAGCAGGAGGAUCUAACUGCCGGUUCUCAGUUGAUGGGUCUGCUGGCUGUGCUUGUGGCCUGCUUCUCCAGCGGAUUUGCUGGCGUGUAUUUUGAAAAGAUCCUCAAAGAGAGCAAGCAGAGUGUCUGGAUCCGUAAUAUUCAGCUAGGUUUAUUUGGACUGAUUUUUGGACUUGGGGGAGUGUUUGCGUACGACGGAGAAAGAGUGCAGGAGAAUGGACUCUUUCAAGGGUACAAUGGUGUGACGUGGACUGUGGUGGCUCUUCAGGCUUUGGGUGGGUUAGUCAUUGCAGCUGUCAUCAAAUAUGCAGAUAACAUCCUGAAGGGCUUUGCCACAUCCAUCUCAAUCAUUCUGUCCACCCUCAUCUCUUAUUUCUUGUUGGAAGAUUUUGACCCUACUAGUGUGUUUUUCCUGGGUGCGAUGCUGGUUAUCGCUGCUACGUUUCUCUACGGGUAUGAGAGCACACCUGCGGUCAACCCUAGUAAAGUAUAGACGACUGGACAUGAGAUGAUACACAAUCAUCAGGAGAUGCUCUACUUUAGGUGAAGUUCAGGACAAGAGAACCAGUGAUAUUGUAAGGACACUAGCACCAAAAAAAACAAAAAAAACCAUUCAGCCAUCCAAAAGUUGUCUUCCAUAUAAUUUCUUGAUAUCAACACACUAAGACCAGAAAUGAAACUCAAACUGCUUCUGAUGUACAGGACUCAGCUGAAGACUUUAAGGACUUCAUUUGAAAUGUGUUUACAUGUGAUAGGAAUCUCUGAGACAGAGCCUCACAAAUUCAACAUGUUACAGUUUCAUAUUUAUUUUCUGUGUCAUGCAGUGGCGUAUUGAGAAAGCGAUUGUUUUACUUGAAUGUAUCCUUUGAGAAACAUCAUUUUCUCAAAACCAAUAAAAAAGUGUUUCUAAAA